AGCCUUGGUCUAAACCCUCCACUAAUUACGUAAUUAGGAAGAUAGUGAAGGAACUGCUCUUCUCAAAUGGUCAUGGAAUGAUUUGGACCAUGGAUUAAGACUGUUUGAUUUGAGUUUUAAGACAUUAAUCACAAUCGCGAGUCGUUUUGGUUCUCCCUCUCUGCUACGUGGUUGUGGAUUUAUAAGCGUUGUGACGCGCUUUCCGUGCGAGAAGGUUCCGAAAGCAUUUUAUUGGCCAUUUCCAUGGCGUCUUCGUCUCUCGCUCCUCAGUAUCUGUACCCUUCCCUUCCACUUUCUCACCCUUUUCACCGCGCAAAACCAUACCUGUAUCUCCGCUCGAAAUCCUCUCUGAAACCCUUGUCUCUCACGGCGGCUCCUCCGUCGUCGUCUUCCAUUUUCCUCCCUUUCUUUGACGACCCUCAACUACCUGAGGCCCACGAAGCUGACAAUUCCAGCGAACAUGGCGGAGAAAGUGAGGAAGAAGAAGAAGAAGAGGAAGAAGAAUUCAAAGACCCAAUUCUUAGAUUCUUCAAGUCACGAACUUCCGCCGAGACGGCGCAAACACCAGACCCAUUUCAAGAGGGCAGAUUCUCUCUCCAGAAGAAUCGCAGAACUUCGUGGCACUUGGCUUCGGACAUGCUCGACGAAGAACCAGAAACUGAAUCCGAACCAGGUGAUUCACUCUCAGAGGCAAACGAACGAACACCUGGUGAGCAACCCGUUGCUGGAGAAAUUCUGGCCAUUGCCCGGGAUUUGUCGAAGAAUCAAACACUGGGAGAGAUGUUGUCUGGCUUCGAAGGGCGUGUGAGUCAGAGGGAUUGCAUAGAGGCUUUGCUCUUGAUGGGUCAAUGUGGUUUUGUGAAGAGCUGCUUGUAUUUCUACGAGUGGAUGCGUCUGCAGAACCCAUCUCUCGUCACGGCUCGUGCUUGCUCUGUUCUCUUUCCGUUGCUCGGACGAGAAGGAAUGGCUGAUGAGAUUUUGAUUCUGUUGCGUAACUUGCCGGACAAGAAAGAGUUCAUGGACGUUCGUGUCUACAAUUCAGCCAUUUCUGGACUUGCAGCCUGUGAAAGAUAUGAUGAUGCUUGGAAAGUAUAUGAAGCCAUGGAAACGAUCAAUCUGCGUGAGGAUCAUGUCACAUGUGCUGUAAUGAUCACAGUCAUGAGGAAAUCCGGACGGAGUGCCAAAGAAACGUGGGAGAUGUUUGAGAAGAUGAGCCGGAAAGGCGUGGAGUGGAGCGAAGAGAUAUUUGGCGCCCUCGUAAAAUCGUUUUGCGACGAAGGGCUGAAAGAAGAAGCUCUUAUCGUCCAAACCGAAAUGGAGAAGAAAGGUGUUCGUUCGAAUACGAUUGUGUACAAUACUUUAAUGGAUGCUUACAACAAAUCCGGCCAAAUCGAAGAAGUAGAAGGUCUUUUCGCCGAGAUGAAAGCUAAAGGCUUGAAGGCCACAGAUGCGACUUACAAUAUUCUUAUGGAUGCUUACGCGAGAAGAAUGCAGCCUGACGUCGUGGAGAAACUUCUCCGGGAAAUGGAAGGUUCGGGUUUAGAGCCGAACGCUAAAUCAUACACGUGUUUGAUUAGCGCAUAUGGGAGGCGGAAGAAUAUGAGUGAUAUGGCUGCCGAUGCCUUCUUGCGGAUGAAGAAGGUCUGUGUAAAGCCUACUUCACAUUCUUAUACAGCACUUAUUCAUGCUUAUUCGGUCAGCGGGUGGCACCAGAAAGCUUAUGCUUCCUUCGAGGAUAUGCAAAGAGAAGGGAUUAAACCGUCGAUUGAGACAUACACGGCUCUUCUUGAUGCGUUCAGACGAUGUGGCGACACGGAGAAAUUGAUGGAGAUUUGGAAAAUCAUGAUGCGGGAAAAAGUCGGGGGGACACGGGUAACGUUCAAUACCCUUCUCGAUGGGUUUGCCAAGCAAGGCCACUACAUUGAAGCGAGAGAUGUCGUUUCGGAAUUCGGGAGAAUGGGUUUGCCUCCGACUAUAAUGACGUACAAUAUGCUGAUGAACGCGUAUGCCCGAGGAGGACAGCAUGGUAAGUUGCCUCAGCUGUUGAAGGAGAUGUUGGCUCUUAAUCUAAAACCUGAUUCCAUAACAUACUCCACGAUGAUCUACGCAUAUGUUCGUGUCCGAGACUUCAGGAGGGCGUUCUUUUACCACAAAAUGAUGGUGAAGAACGGCCAAGUCCCUGAUGCGAGGUCAUAUGAGAAACUCAGGGCGAUUCUCGAAGAGAAGGCCAAGACCAAGAACAGAAAGGAUCGGAGCGCGAUACUCGGAAUUAUCAACAGCAAAUUCGGUCGGGUAAAAGCUAAGAAGAAGGGGAAGAAGGACGAGUUCUGGAAGGACAGGAGGAACAGACCUAGAGCUCUCAACUUUUCUCGUAAAACCGAGACGAAUCAUCGAUCUUGAAGAUCUUUCUUCAUCGAUGACCCGCAAACCGCGAACGUACAGGUCGUUCUCUCGUCGGUUUUACUGGUUUUGACACCCGAAAACUCGUUCGAUCUUCUGCUGAGAUGGAAGCAGGGAAAAACCGCUGAGUUGUGGUUGCCAGGGUUUUGCCUGUAUGUAACUUCUGUUGGCUUGGAUCUGUUCCAAGAUGUUCAUGUUAAAUUGUACGUAAUUUUAAAAAGCGAUAUCAUUAAGAUUUUGAAAUUUGUAUUUUA